UGCCCUAUUUUUGACUUAGAAGAAAAUUUUGCAUGUCUUCGGCUGCUCAAAGAAAGUCUACAAAAUCAGAAAUAGACAACACUAGAGAAGAAAAACAAAAGGCAAAAAGCAAAAAGAGACAACAUUGGACCUGUGAAAGAGAAGUAGAGAGAAGCGCAAGUUACGAGAAAAGCGGUACUUAAAAGAGUUUGGAAGAAUUGUUUGAUAAACAGAGUUGAUCGUGGGCGUUGAUAGAGAUGGUGGACAAACUGAUCGUGGCCGUUGAAGGCACUGCUGCCUUAGGCCCUUACUGGAAAACCAUCCUUUCCGAUUACCUUGAUAAAAUUGUCAGAGUUUUUGGUUUAGAUCCCUCUGAUGCCUGCUUAUGGAACUUUAAAGCGCUAAUCGAGAGCAUCACUCCUGCAGCCACCAAACAAACAAAAUUGAACUGUUUUCUGUUUCCCCUAGAAUUUAGGUGCUUUUUUGGAGCUGAGUCAACUUCACAGAAACCAUCUGCAGCCAAUGUGGAGGUCUCCUUGGUCAUGUUCAACACUCAUGGUUCUUAUAGUGGUUGCCUGGUUCAGCGGAGUGGCUGGACAAGAGACAUGGAUACCUUUCUUCAGUGGCUUUCAGCUAUAUCUUUCUCAGGAGGUGGUUUCAGUGACGCUGCAGUUGCAGAAGGACUUGCUGAAGCAUUAAUGGUAUUUCUUGGUGAUUUCCUUCGAACUUCCAGACCAGGCAGUCUUUUCAACUUUAUGUUCACUAAACUAAAUGGAAACGAAGGUCAACCAAACAUGGAAGGGAAAAAACAUUGCAUUCUUAUUUCUGCAAGCAACCCGUAUCCGUUGCCCACACCUGUUUAUCGACCACAGGUGCAGAAACUGGAGCAGAACGAAAAUGUUGAAGCACAAACAGAUAGUCGAUUAUCUGAUGCUGAGACUGUUGCCAAGGCAUUCCCCCAGUGCUCUGUUUCCCUGUCAGUUAUAAGCCCAAAAAAGCUUCCAAAACUAAGAGCAAUAUAUGAUGCGGGAAAACCUAAUCCACGAGCAGCUGACCCACCCAUUGAUACAACAAAGAAUCCAAACUUCCUUGUUUUAAUUUCUGAAAAUUUCAUCGAGGCUCGUGCUGCUUUCAGUCGCUCUGGAAUGACCAACUUGGCAUCAAAUCAAAGCCCUGUCAAGAUGGAUGUGUCUUCUAUUCCACCAGUUUCUGGGCCACAAUCAAUUUCUAAUUCAGCAGAGCAUCCUGGGAUAUAUAGAUUACUCUGCAGUUAUAUUGUUGGAGGGAUACUGAUUUUCUUGUCUAUUUACCUCUCAGCAAAUGUAUCUGUUAUGAGUCGACCACCAAUUUCCACUGGAAAUAUUCCUUCUGCAACUGUAAAAAUUGAGCCUGCUACUGUGACCUCCAUGUCUGGACCUGCAUUUUCACAUAUUCCAUCUGUUCGUCCUGCUCUUCAACCUGUUCCAAGCUUGCAAACUUCUUCUCCUCUUUCUGUUUCUCAGGAGAUGGCAUCACAUACUGAGAACGUUCAGGAGAUGAAACCCAUAGUCAGUGGCAUGACACAGUCCUUACGUCCGAUUGCUGCAGCAGCAGCAAAUGUCAGAAUCUUGAACGAUGUUGCUCAGGCACGCCAAGCACUAGCCGGGGGAACUUCUAUAGGACUGCAAUCUAUGGGUGGCACCCCUAUGCUUUCAAGUAUGAUAUCUAGUGGAAUGGCAUCUUCUGUCCCUGCUUCUCAAACUGUAUUAUCAUCUGGGCAAUCAGGUGUGACAACAAUAACUGGGUCAGUUCCACUAGCAGGAAGUGGGCAGAAUACUCAAAACUCAGCUCCUGCUUCAUUCACUUCAACUGCUCCCAGUAUGUCUGGGAAUACGAACAUUAGCAUUUCACAACCUUUGAGUAAUAACCAAGGAGGUGUUAGUAUGGCUGGUCAAACAGUUGCUGGAAUGAGCCAAGGUAAUCUACCAGGCACACAAAUGAUGCCAGGUGGGGCAGGGAUGAACCAGAAUAUGCUGACUGGGUUGGGUGCAACUGGUAUGCCUUCUGGAACUGGCACAAUGAUGCCUACUCCAGGGAUGUCUCAACCAGGCAUGCAACCUGUUGGUGUGAACAGCACAGCAGCUAACAUGCCUCUUUCUCAACAGCAAACAUCUGCUACAUUGCCAUCAGCUCAAUCAAAAUAUGUGAAAGUUUGGGAGGGGAACUUAUCUGGUCAGAGACAGGGCCAACCUGUAUUUAUUACCAGAUUAGAGGGGUAUAGGAGUGCCUCAGCUUCUGAAUCGCUUGCUGCAAAUUGGCCUCCAACAAUGCAAAUUGUUCGCCUUAUUUCCCAGGAUCAUAUGAAUAACAAACAAUAUGUUGGGAAGGCAGAUUUUCUAGUUUUUAGGGCAAUGAACCAGCAUGGAUUCCUUAGUCAGCUGCAAGAAAAGAAGCUUUGUGCGGUAAUACAACUACCAUCACAGACGCUGCUUCUCUCUGUUUCUGACAAAGCCUGCCGCUUGAUUGGAAUGCUUUUUCCUGGGGAUAUGGUAGUGUUUAAGCCACAGAUACCUAGUCAGCAGCAACAACAACAGCAGCAGCAGCAGCAGCAGCUGCAAACACAACAUCCGCAGCAACAGCAGCAUCUUUCACAGCAGAUGCCAUUGCAACAGCAGCAACAACAACCUCUGAUGCAACAGCAGGUGCCAAUGCAACAAUCACAGGUUCCCCAAAUGCAGCAGCAACAGAUUCACCAAAUGCAGCAAAUGCAGCAACAACAGAUUCCGCAAAUGCAGCAGCAACAGCAGAUCCCUCAGCAGCAGCAACCAAUGGUUGGGACAGGGAUGAACCAAGCCUACAUGCAAGGUGGUCCUGCAAGGUCACAACUAAUGAAUCAGGGUCAAGUUUCAUCACAAGGACAGCCAACCAUGCCAGGAGGCGGCUUUAUCAAUUGAAAGUGUCAUUGAAUUAGACAGCUCUUAUACAAACUGAGACCAGGCAGUUGAUUCCUACAUUAAAACUAAGCAUUUACAAAUGAAACUCUCAAGUGUUCAAACUCAUUCUAGGCUCUAGCAUAGACAAAGUACUUGUGCUCCCGCUAAUCAGAUUAGAGUGGUGGUCGAAGUUCAAAACCAGUAUUGCGUUUAUUUAUGUUCAACUUUAGUUUUUGACGUCACAGCUUUCCUUUGUGAUACAGCAAUUCACUAGCUUUCACCAUCAUAUAUAUCUUACUAAAAUGUGUUUUACA